CGGCGGCUUGUCUCUUCUGCGCCUGCGCUUAAAGUAAUUCGACCCUCAAACCCGGAUGUAACCAACGCCUAACCUGUGUGAAGAAAAACGAUGCAGACUAUAAAAUGUGUAGUGGUAGGGGACGGUGCUGUAGGAAAGACCUGCCUACUGAUCUCCUACACAACCAACAAGUUCCCCUCAGAAUAUGUGCCAACGGUUUUUGACAAUUAUGCGGUGACAGUGAUGAUUGGAGGAGAGCCCUACACACUCGGACUAUUUGACACAGCAGGUCAGGAGGAUUAUGACAGGCUGCGUCCUCUCAGCUAUCCACAGACUGAUGUGUUCCUUGUAUGUUUCUCUGUCGUCUCCCCCUCAUCGUUUGAAAACGUCAAAGAGAAGUGGGUUCCUGAGAUAACUCACCACUGCCCACGUGUACCUUUCCUCUUAGUGGGCACACAGGUGGAUCUGAGGGACGACCCCAACACAACUGACAAGCUGGCAAAGAACAAACAGCGCCCUAUUGGGCCUGACAUCGGAGAAAAGCUAGGCCGUGACCUUAAGGCUGUCAAAUACGUGGAGUGCUCUGCUCUGACACAGCGAGGGCUUAAGAAUGUGUUUGAUGAGGCAAUCCUGGCCGCCUUGGAGCCUCCCGAGUGCAAAAAGAAGAGCAAGUGUGUGCUACUAUAGAUGAUCAACAGAAGAGUGACAUGAAACAGUGUAAGAAAUAAGGCUGGGCGAAUCAAAACGUCAGAAAGAUCAAUGGCCAUUAUGGGGAAAAGGACAAAACAAGAGGGGAUGGGAGGUACAAUGGCUAUGAGACUUAUUCUCGUACACUCGUACACUGAUUGUGCCUUCAAAAUAAACUUAAAAAGAGGCUGAGGGAGGAAAACUGGAGGGUGCAGUAAAUGCAGCAGGUGUCACCUGUCCCCCAGUCUGAAAGCUUUCUAAAUUGCAGUGUUUGCUCUACAAAUACUCCAGGGGCGGGCCCCCCUCUGCCUGUCGCUUGAUUUUUUUUUUUUUUCUUUUUAAGAAAGAGUUUUAUUUAGUUGCCUUUGGCUUCUUUUGCGUUUCACUUAUUCUUACCUCUUGGGCCUGUGUGGGAAUUUAAGAACGGGCAACACUUUAACAUUAACGUUAAGUGCUAACUUCCCUCAUGAGCUGAAUAAUGAAAGCACGAGAGAUUUAUUGUCACUCCAAAAAUAAAGGUAGAUGUCUGUAAUGGUUACUUUCUCCCAAUUCCUGAGGAGGCCAAGUGCUUUUUUUUUGCCAAAUUCCCUUCUUCAGUUGACUCCUAAAUAUACAUUUUAUUCUUCUUUUGUGAAUAUUAUAAUAAUUCUUUGACUCUGUUUUGGGAAACUGUAAGCAAUUCUUCAUUUGAAACUUGAGUUGUUAUGUCAUCGAGAUAGAUUUUUUUUUUUUAUAGCUAGACUACCAUAUUUGGAUAAUAUAACAAAUGGAGUUGUAAUAUUUUGAAUAUGUCUGAAUAUGAAUAGAGAUUGAGGUGAUAAACUUUGCUAGUUAAUUUCUGGGUGUUUGUAAUCACAGGAUAUUUUUAAUAAAAUGGUUUAAUGACA